AAAAAAAGUCCCUAGAAAAGUUUCCAAUUUCCAAUAACCUCAAUUUGAAGCGAUUAAUUAAUCGUAAGAUAGCACAUGUUAGUAGUAAAUAAACACAAUGUCGCGUCCUGAGCAUUUGGCGCCCCCCGAAAUCUUUUACAACGAAGAUGAGGCCCGGAAAUACACUCAAAACUCCCGCAUUAUUGAUAUUCAGAUGUCGAUGAGCGAACGUGCUGUGGAGCUUCUCUUGUUGCCUGAAGACAAGCCCUGUUAUUUGCUUGAUGUGGGGUGUGGGUCGGGGCUUAGUGGGAGUGUGCUUGAAGAUGGGGGGCAUUUUUGGGUCGGGAUGGACAUAUCCAAGGCCAUGUUAGAUGUGGCCCUUGAAAGGGAGGUCGAGGGUGAUGUGUUGUUGUCAGACAUGGGGCAAGGGUGCCCCUUUAGGGCCGGGACGUUCGACGGGGCGAUUAGCAUCUCGGCGUUGCAGUGGUUGUGCAAUGCUGAUAAAAAAUCGCAUAAUCCGGUUCAAAGAAUUUAUAAAUUUUUCAGUAGUCUUUAUGCGUGUCUGAGCCGGUCUGCGCGUGCUGUUUUCCAGUUUUAUCCGGAAAAUAGCGAACAAAUGGAAUUGGUUACAGCCCAAGCGAUGAAAGCGGGGUUUUAUGGGGGGGUUGUCGUCGAUUUUCCUAAUUCAACUAAAGCGAAAAAGUUCUUUUUGGUAUUGAUGACGGGAGGAAACGUGCCGUUGCCCAAGGGAUUGGGGACAGAGGAGGAAUCACAAGGUGUUUCAUACAUAUCUAAACGAGAGCAUGCGAAAAAAGCGCGUGGAAAACCGUUAAAGAAGAGCCGGGAUUGGAUUUUAGAAAAAAAAGAACGUCGACGGAGACAAAUGAAGGACGUUAGGGCCGAUUCGAAAUAUACAGGGCGGAAAAGAAGCGGCAGAUUUUGAUUUUUAAUAAAAAUGUACCAUAAAUAAUCUUAAAAAUUAAAGAUAUUAUCACACAGAA